AUGAACCUGACAGAGUUUAAUCAGUCUGAUCGCUGUGAGGAUUUCUCCUGUCCAGAGAGAUCUGUAUCUCCUGCAGUUUAUAUCUUACUGUACAUGUUUUCAGCUGCUGUGGUUCUUCUAAUAGUGUGUGGAAAUAUGCUGGUCAUCAUCUCUGUUCUUCUCUUCAAGCAGCUUCACACACCGACCAACAUGCUUGUGCUCUCUCUGGCUCUGUCAGAUUUCCUUGUUGGUGCUUUAGUGAUGCCUUUGAUGUUAAUCUGGACAAUCGAGUCAUGCUGGAUUUUUGGGAAAGCUUCCUGCACCUUCUGUUUAUUGACGAAUGGUUUCCUCAUGAACGUAUCCAUCUAUAAUAUCACUCUCAUCGCUGUGGAUCGGUAUUUCGCUCUCUCAAACCCCUUUCUCUACAUAAACACAAUGUCUAGGAGGACUAUGUGCUAUGUGGUAUAUUCUAACUGGUGUGUGUGUCUGGCAUAUGUCAUAGCAUUCUGUUAUUUCAGCGGAACCUUCAUGAGCUUUGUAAUAUGUCCUGGACAAUGUUUCCUUGUUCUGAAUGAGGUUGAUUCUAUAAUUGAUCUUGUACUAUCAUUAAUAUUUCCAUGUUCUGUGAUAAUCAUAUUGUAUACUCGAGUUUUUGUGAUUGCUAAGAAACAUGCCACUGCUAUCAGGGAGCUUAAUAAUCACACACAGCCUAAAACACAGAAACUCACUUCACACUCGAUGAAAUCUGAGAGAAAAGCAGCUAAAGUCCUCGGAAUUUUAGUGUCUGUGUUUUUGGUGUGUUUACUUCCAUAUUUUAUUUACAGCUUAUUAGGAAAUGUUAUUGAAAUACAGACAGACACAUUUCAGAAAGUGAUUGUCGUGAUGUUUGUUAACUCCGCCAUUAAUCCAUUUAUUUAUGCUCUGUUUUACCCGUGGUUUAGGAGAUGCUUUAAAUUAAUCAUAACUCUGCGAGUAUUCCAAACAGACUCUGCAUUAAUAAAUGUUCUUUCAUGA